GCCUGCCGGAGGGGAGGGUUACGGGAUACGGGCUCACACAACAGCACAAGACUGCACUCUGCCAAGUUACGAAAUCUUGUCUCGUUCUUAUCGUACCAGCGUGAAGGAAACCCUCGCCGUUCUGUACCACCAGCCUUGCCGCUGCUGGCUGCGCCAGUCAGUGCAGGACAACACCUUUCAGCAGAGAGACAUCACGUCUGCCCCGUUACGGCAGUCGAUGCCAAGUAAGGGACGCACAUCAUCCACGCUGCACGUGACGAACAUAUCAUCGUGGUCAAUCGAGCGAUGACCGCUGGAAGACGAGAGGCUCUCGAAACGGCCCUUAGGAGAACCCUCGGUUUUCACCUCGGAGCGGAUGUGGCAGGUGACGACGGGGAGGUGCUGGUAUCGGCCCUUCUCGACAGCGCCGAGGAGGGAAAGCUGAUUGACACCGCGGCGGUGGGUCGUGAGUUCGACGACUACCUUCCCGAUAUUGCUUGUGCUGCGAGUAGCAAAAGCUCGCCGUCUUCCCUGUCGUCUGAGCAGAAGGAGGAGGUGGUGGAGCUGUACGCGGAUGUCUUGAGAGAUGCGUUGAAGCAUUUCCCGCUAGCCCCUUCGAACCCAGAAGAGAAAGGCAGAGGUAGCGGAGAAGACGACAGCGUGUCCGAACCAGGAUGCUGUUCGCUGUGCGAGAGGCUCAUGCCGCUGACCCGCCACCACGUUAUGCCAAAGAGCACCCACAAGCGCUACCGAAAGAAGGGUUACACCGACGCGGUCCUUAACCGCACCAUCGCCAUCUGCCGCCCCUGCCACAGCGCCGUCCACCGCGCGCACGACGCCCUGGCCCUGGCGGAGCGCUUCACCACGGUGGAAGAGCUGCUGGCGGACGAAACGAUCGGCCGCUUCGUCGCCUGGGCCCAGAAACAGCGCACCACGAGCGUGCAAGACUCGCGCAACAACUUGCUCCGCUAUAGACGGUAGCAUCGUCGCUGGCAGAUAAAAAGAAGUGAACGUAACGGUUGGUCGUGAGUUGGCAAGGGACCCGGAGAUAAGAAACGCGAUCGAGGCUCAAUUUCUUAGUCCGUCGCCAACGUCGUGUACAGGUUUUGAUACAGUUGGGGCGUAUUUUAGUGUAGACAACUCGGUUGAGCUGUGUUUCAUAGCCCCCCCACCCUUUUUUUUCGUGGACAUUUUAGCCUUUUUGAUGAACGGCAUUUUUCUCAACUGCGGGCCCACGCUGUAGGGGAAAAUGGGAGAUAUUUCUUUUCCCGGGACAGAGGUGGAGAUGAUGGCGAUAGUGGGGGCAGUCGUGAAGGAGAAAGGCGGCACCAACCGCGACACGCUCACAGUGCGGUUGGGGCCAAAGGCUGGGUUCGGCAGGCCAAGGCAGUAAGCCUCCUUGGGGACGCAUGCCCCUCUUUCGAAAGGUCAGGAUAUCCGUCCACCUCUACGGUUUCGACGCCGUCUUCCAAAUUGCCGGCAAGAGUUGUACGAGUGUUGGUCCACGACCAGGGGAAGACUUCACAUAUCUGCUCACUAUUUAGUCCCCACACCGCCCACUUACUCGUCUUGAACAUAUGUUGGAUGCCUCAGUACAGCAGACGCUUCCACCAAUAACCCACCGCAAACAAUUGGACCGUGAUGUACUUCGUUGCGAUAUCGAGGUGACAGCUGAUGUUUGCUAUGUAAUCAAGGUUUUUCACACCCCUACACACGCCGCCGGGUUGCAUGGAAUUCGAAGGCGAACGCGCCCCCCCCCCCUGGUCAAAGCGGCCCUUCCCAGCGCAACCAUGUACCAAACCUUGCGUGCGAUAUGGGAGGUACACUGAUACACAGCGCUUUCCACUUGUAGACAGAAUCGAUUGCAGUCCAACGACCAGCAAGAAAACAGCACUCGACGUCCGUUGCCUAUUUCACAACACAAAAACAUCUUGUCGCCAACAACGCGGCGAGACUUGCCCGCCGAACCACUACUGUUGCGGUUCGUUGGAACUCUCUGAGCGUCAACCUGCUCCACGCAGUGCAUCGUUUUUACGCGCUACCAAAAAACACACAAAAGAGAAAAAAAAAAAACAGGCCUGGCCGCGGCAAAAGACAACAAGACAUGGCAGGCGCAAAAGGGUCUACAACAAUACCCCCGCGUGCCCUACUCCCCCCACCCCUGCAUCCACGACACCCCCGGUGCUGCCGGCGUCGUCACACAGCGACCGCGAAAAAUCAUCCUGCCCUCCGCGACAACGUACUUCCUCUCCGCGAGCUGCACGUGGACGCUGCCGCGCGGAGAGUGCCAAACAAACUGCACAGCUUUUAAGUAAAACCGAGGAACCGUUAGGAAAAGGAGGGCGCGCCUCCAAAACAAAAUAGCAAGAUAGCUGCGACGUGACACAAAAACGAAGGGAACAACACCAAGAAGCUAUUAAAUAUGCAGGCGGGCACCGAAACAAACAUGGAGCAAUCUAGUAUUUCCUGGAGCAUAUU